AUGGUGUGUGCUAGAGAUGGAUUGGUUUCGUACGACAAUAUGGAUUGAUGCAAUAGGGAAUUAGAGUUCCCAUGGUGGGAGCGUGCUCGCUUGGGCGCCAGCCAUUGCUUCGUGGCAAGUCUACAGGAAGGGCCAAAAUCCAAAGGGAGACGCGUUUCUGGCAGAAGAGGGGAAGACGACGAGGAGGAAGACGAGCUCUCUCUCUCUCGUCCUCGCUCUCACGAAAGGAGAACUUUGGGAGAGUCUGUGCCAGACUCUGCGUCUCUGCCUUCGGCUUGUCUCUAUCGCAUCCAUCCUCCACCUCCGCUAUUCGUUUAUCGGCAUUUUUACGUUUUUACGUUCUUUUUUUUUUUCUUUUUUCUUUUUUUGUUUUUUUUUUGGAGGUUUUUUUUUAAGAAAAAGAAUGAAUUAUUGCAAUUGGAGAGUGUGUCAAUGGGACCGGAUUGAUUGAAGCAGAGGGGAUGUGAGUGAGUUGAUGCAAGGGAGGUUCCAUGCGCAGAAUUAUUGAUUAGAGGAUUGCGAAUUUUGGAAUUCGGAGGAGGUCGGAAGGGGUGGGAAGUGGUGGUUCUGUGGAUUAGGGUUCGAGGUGGCAAGGAGAGGGGAGUCAGUGCAACGGGCUGUGGUGGUGCCAGAGGGAUGGCGACGGCCGUGUGGCAGCCGCAGGCAGCGGAGUUGAAGGAGAUUUGCGGGUUGCUAGAGCAGUACCGGUUGCCCACUGCGGACCAGUCGCGGGUUUGGCAACAGCAUCAGCGUUGUAGCCAGCUGCCGGACUUCAACAAUUAUCUCGCCUUCAUCCUAUGUCAUGCCGAGGGAGAUGCUGUCAAUAUACGACAAGCAGCAGGUUUGCUGUUAAAGAAUAACCUGAAAAGCAGUUACCACUUAGUCCAUCCUCUGCACAUUCAGUAUAUCAAGGCGGAAGUGUUGCCAUGUCUUGGAUCUCCAGACUUAGGUGUUCGAUCCACUGUUGGUACUAUAGUGAGUGUUAUGGUACAGCAAGGGGGUUUUCAAGGCUGGCCAGAAGUUCUUCAGGCAUUGAUUCAAUGCCUAGACAGCCAUGAUUAUAAUCAUAUGGAGGGAGCAUUGGGUGCACUUUUCAAGAUCUCAGAAGAAAUGCCUGAACUAAUGGAUAUGGAUGUGGCUGGAUUAUCAGAACGUCCAAUCACAGGUUUUCUUCCUAGGUUGCUGAAGUUUUUAUCUUCUGAACAUGCUGUGUUGCGAAGACUAGCAUUGGGUGCCAUCAACCAGUUCAUUGUUCUCAUGCCAACUGCCCUAUUUAUUCAUAUGGACAAUUACCUUCAAAGCUUGUUCUCAUUAGCAAAUGAUAACUCUGCCGAUGUUCGUAAAUUGGUCUGUGCUGCUCUCGUGCAAUUAUUGGAAAUUCAACCUCAUGUUCUGGAGCCACACAUGCAAAAUGUGAUAGAGUACAUGCUGCAAGCCAAUAACGACACUGAUACGGAAGUGGCUUUAGAGGCAUGUGAAUUCUGGUCUGCUUAUUGUGAAGCACAAUUACCUCCUGAAUUGCUUCGAGGGUUUCUGCCUCGUCUCAUCGAUAUUUUGUUGGACAACAUGGUAUACGCGGAGGACGACGAAGCUUUACAGGAUGGUGAUGAAGAUGAGAAUGCACCUGAUAGAGACCAGGAUAUCAAACCAAGGUUCCAUCAAUCGCGCUGUCAUGGAUCUGAUGGAGCCGAAGUCGAUGAGGACGAUGAUGAUAUAAUAAAUUCCUGGAACUUGCGAAAAUGUAGUGCAGCUGGACUUGAUAUUUUAUCAACUGUAUUUGGAGAUGAGAUUCUUCCAGUUCUUAUGCCUCUUGUGCAGGUGAGGCUUGGCCUGAGCAAGGAUGGUCGUUGGGAGGAGAAAGAAGCAGCUAUUUUAGCUUUAGGAGCAGUUGCAGAAGGUUGCAUAUCUGGAUUAUUACCCCAUUUAGCACAGAUUGUAACGUACCUUAUUUCUUUCAUGGAAGAUUCACGGCCACUUGUGCGAAGCAUAUCAUGCUGGACAUUAUCACGUUACAGCAAAUGGAUUGUUCAGGUAGCACAGUCUCCAGAGGGACAAUCGCAAUUUGAUGCUGUACUUACAGGGUUGCUUAAACGCAUUCUGGAUAGCAAUAAGCGUGUGCAGGAAGCUGCGUGUUCCGCAUUUGCCACUCUCGAAGAGGAAGCCGCUGAAGAUCUAGCUCCUAGAUUGGAACCCAUAUUACAACAUCUAAUGUAUGCUUUUGGGAUUUACCAGAGACGUAAUCUUCGUAUUUUAUAUGACGCAAUCGGUACUUUAGCAGAUGCUGUCGGCAGUGAGCUUAAUGAUCCAAAAUACCUGGAAAUCUUAAUGCAUCCGUUGAUUUCUAAGUGGCAGCAACUGCCAGACACAGAUAGAGACCUGUUUCCCCUGCUUGAAUGUUUUACUUCCAUAGCACAGGCCCUCGGUCCAGGCUUUACCCAGUAUGCAGAACCUGUUUUUCUUAGGUGCAUCAAUCUUAUUCGUACACAUCAAGUUGCAAAGACGGAUCCUCAAAGGGCUGGGGUAAACUACGACAAAGAGUUUAUCGUUUGCUCUUUGGAUCUACUAUCUGGUCUUGCAGAGGGCCUUGGCAGCAGCAUCGAGAGUUUGGUCGGAAGGAGUGAUCUUCGAGACCUCUUACUUCAGUGCUGUGCUGACGAAGCCCCGGAUGUGCGUCAAAGUGCUUUGGCUCUACUAGGUGACCUUGUUAAGACAUGUGCGAUUCACUUGCAGCCCCGUCUGGCGGAGUUCUUGAGUCUAGCAGCCAAGCAGCUGGGACAAGAUGCUAAAGAAAAUGUUUCAGUUGCUAACAAUGCUUGCUGGGCCAUCGGUGAAGUCGCCAUUAAGGUUAGAAAAGAGGUCUCACCUAUUGUGAUGACUGUCAUCUCAUCGCUGGUGCCCAUCCUCUCAAACAUUGAGGGUUUAAACAAGUCGCUUCUGGAGAAUAGCGCCAUAACCUUGGGCAGACUAGGGUGGGUUUGUCCAGAGCUCGUGGCUCCCCACAUGGAGCAUUUUAUGCAGGCUUGGUGUCGAGCACUUUGCAUGAUACGAGAUGAUUUUGAGAAGGAAGAUGCAUUCCGGGGCUUGUGUGCCAUGGUACGGCUGAACCCAGGAGGUGCUGUGAACUCAUUUGUUUCAAUGUGUGAGGCCAUCGGGAGUUGGCAUGAAAUUCGAAGUCAGGAGCUCUCAUCAGAGAUUACGCAAGUAUUACUUGGUUAUAAGCAGAUGCUGUCCCAGAAUAACUCUUGGGGGCAGUACUUUGGAGCUCUUGACGGGAAAUUGCGCGAAAAACUGGCUAAAAUUUAUUCACUUUGAGAUCUGCAAUCAGCUGUGUAUAGUUUCUGAUACUGGAAACAUUCUACCCUGGUCCUGCUCGUAAGUUCCACUAAACGGGUGCCUCGCACUUGGAUGCUUCUGGUUCAUUCAAGCAUGGCUGUCCGGUCAAGAACUUGUUAAUAGUGAGAAUGAGAUGUAGAUCCCAUCCUAAUGUACCUAUUCCAGGAUUGCUGAGGCUUGCUGGUCCUCAUGAUCUUGCACUGGUUGUUUGGAGUUGGGUCAGGAGAGUUUUUUAUGUUGUUAUCUUCCCCUUCAUGGGACAGCGGGUCUUUGAUUUCACAUUAAUGUUAUGGCUCUGUGGCCAUACUGUUACAACAGGGGACUGGAUGCAUUUCUACGAAGUAAGAUGCAAAGCUAGACCCCUGGUAGUAUGGUAUUACUGCAGCUUGAAUCUCAGGAGCCACACACUGUAGCACCUGAAGCUCUUGAUCAAAGAGCGGUUAGUACAGACGCGGUUCGUGGUUUUUGUAAUCAGGAGGCGACAUGCCACCUCAUCCCAGUUUUAAGUGCAAGUUAGAGAGGAGAGAAAUGUGAGGAGGCGUUAGUUUUGUCACAGCGGGAACUACUUCCCUAGGUGUUUCAUGCCGGCUUAGCUAGGCAUGAAGAGAUGUCUGUUAAAGGUGAAUUGUCCUUUAUGAUGUCAAUAUUAUGUGAUGUUCGGUUUUUGAACAUCCCAGCGUUUGUGGGUGGCCUGAUCACAUCUAUCUUAUUCCUAUCGAAGCAUAGAGUCUUAAUUUA